AUGCCCCAAACGCUUGGUCGAAAGCAGCUGCUGCGCUGCAAGGCCAACUACAGAAAAGACGAAUCACAACUGCAGGAGCUGGACCCCUAUCUGUUCACCUUCACCGGCCAUGAUGCCAUCGACCACCUCUUUGAGGUGAGUUCGGGCCUAGACUCGCUUGUGCUCGGCGAGGCUCAGAUCCUCGCGCAGGUGAAAGCAUGCCACGCCCACUGCAUCGCAAAGGGCGAGGAAGGUGACGAGGAGCAAGUCCCAGGCUCCGGUGGCAAGAUCAUCGCGAAGAUGCUGAACGCCGGAAUCCGGAUUGGCAAGCUCGUGAGGACUCGCACCAAGAUUGGCAAGGGCUCCGUCUCGGUGUCCAGCGCUGCCGUGGAGCUGAUGAUGUCCAGGUCCAUGCAGGACCUGCGAAAGCCGGCUGGCAAGGUGCAUGUCGCCAUCAUCGGGGCAGGCAAGAUGUCCAGGCUCUGUCUCCUCGCACUCUUCAGCAAGCACCCCGACAUCAAGGUCACUUUGGUAAACCGUUCCGUGGACAAGGCACAGGUAGUGCUCGACGAUGACCUCGUGAAGGCACGCGGCGGCACCAACGCCACGGUGGCGGGCAUGGACCAGAUGUUCGAGGUGAUGAAGGAGAGCGACGUGGUCUUCACGGCCACCGGCAGCGAGGUGCCCAUCAUCCACGCCCCUGACGUGGAAGGACGGGAGCGGCCGCUGAUGCUGAUUGACAUCUCGGUGCCAUUAAACGUGGAUGCCGGCUGCGCAGAUGUGAAGGGCGUCUUCUCGUAUUCUGUCGACGACCUGCAGAAGGUCGUGCAGGCCAACGCCCAGAAGCGACAGAAUGAGGUCGAGAAGGCGAAGAAGUUCAUUGGAACCGAAGUGGGAAAGUUCAAAGUCUGGCAGGCCUCCCAGGGCGCGGUGCCGUACCUCGCCGCGCUGCAGGCCAUGGCUGAGAGAAUCAGGAAGCAAGAGACAGAGAAGCUGGCUCACAAGCUGAAGGGCAUCAACGAGAAGGAGAGGGAGGCGGUGGAGAAGCUCACUCGCCACAUCGUUGAUCAGAUCUUCCGGCCUAUCUACUACUCCAUGAAGGAAGACGAGGCGGUGGAGGAGAAGAAGGACAAGAUCUGGGCGCUCAAAAACAUGUUCAAGCUCGAGCCAGUCUUCAAGAGAGGGCUGCUCACCGAGGGCAAGACCAAGGGGCAGCUCAAAGCCUGA